AUGGGUCAACUACCCAGUGCUAGAGUUGCCACUCCAUCGCGAGCUUUCUUGCAUUGCAGCGUCGAUUACGCCGGACCAGUAUUGACGCGGACAUCUUCUGGCCGUGGAAUCGCUUCGCGGAAGGCCUAUAUUGCAGUAUUCGUUUGCCUAGCUACUCGAGCGAUCUACUUGGAAUUAGUAGGAGGAUACUCAUCCGCCGCCUUCCUUGAUGCCUACACGAGAUUUUGUGCUCGUCGCUGCCUGCCGGACACCAUGUACUCUGACAAUGGUACAACCUUCUCUGGAGCAGAAAAGGAGCUCACCAUCGCUUACAGACAGGCGGUUUGCGAUACUGAGUUUCUUAAUCGCACCGCCGCGGAUCGAGUUUCUUGGCGAUUCAUCCCUCCACACGCUCCACAUUUUGGAGGGCUCUGGGAGGCGGGCGUCCGGAGUCUUAAACACCAUCUGCGUAGAGUUCUAGGAUCUCAUACGCUCACAUAUGAGGAGUUCUCCACAAUCCUUUGCAAAAUUGAGGCGUGCCUGAACUCCUGCCCGCUCAGCCCGCUGUCGGACUCGUUCGACGAUUUCGAGCCUCUGACUCCUGGUCAUUUCCUUAUUGGCGCCGCUUUGAACAACGUUCCUGAGCCGUCCGUUCUGCACAUUCCGGAGAAUCGUCUAUCACGUUUUCAACUUGUCCGACAAAUUACCGAAAAAUUCUGGUGCAUCUGGCAAUUUGAUUACGUCAAUACUUUGCAGCAGCGAGCCAAGUGGCGCAAAAUCAAACCCUCUGUUCAACCCGGUUGA